AUGCGCCUCUUCCACUCAGUCCUCGCCGUCGCCGGCCUACUCUCGGGCUUCGCGGCGGCCCAGUUCCCCUCGACUUCGGUCAAUCUCACCACCAUCACGUCGCCCGUAGACGGGAAUGUCACCAUUCGUUACAAGAUCCCCGAGGGCGCCUGCAAAACGGCAUACGACUCCCAGCAGCAGUACACAGGAUGGGUCAGCGUACCCGGGCCGUUUCCGGCCAACAUGUUUUUCUGGUUCAUCAGCGCCCGCGAACCGACCGAGGCCAUGACUAUCUGGCUCAACGGCGGCCCGGGCGUCAGCUCGCUGUUUGGCAUGUUCACCGAAGUUGGGCCUUGCGAGGUUGUCGAGAAGGGUUUGGAUCAGUAUGAAACUGUUGCUCGGGAAUGGGGCUGGGACCGCGCUUCCAAUAUGUUGUUCAUCGACCAGCCUAACCAAGUCGGCUUCUCGUACGACAUCGCGACCAAUGGCUCCAUGGACCUCUUCAAUGCCAACCAGUCGAGCCCACCCCAGCCAGUCCCCAAUGGCCAGCCGCCCGCGACGUUCCUCAACGGAACCUUCAGCUCGCUGAACACCAACAACACGGCAAACACCACCGAGACAGCUGCAUUCGCAAUAUGGCACAUGCUCCAGGGUUUCUUGGGCGCAUUCCCCCAGUACAACCCUCCCAACAACAGCUCCCUCGGCAUCAAUCUCUUCGCCGAGAGCUACGGUGGGAAGUACGCCCCCGUUUUCUCAGAUGUUUGGGAGUUGCAGAACGAGAAGCGCCAAAACGGGACCUUGUCUGCCAACAACACGCUCGAGAUCCAUCUUACGUCUCUGGGCAUCGUCAACGGCUGCAUCGACGACCAGGUCCAGGCAGAGUUCUACCCUGCCAUGGCCACCAACAACACGUACGGCUUCAAAGCUAUAAACGAUGUCCGUGCGAAUCUGGCCAACGGCAGCUUGUACGCCUCGGGCGGCUGCUUGGAUCUCAUUCGACAGUGUCGUACCGCCGAAUCCGUAUACGACGCCAACAACACUGGCAGGGUGGCCACGGUCAACAAUCUGUGCUCCCAGGCGUAUGCCACUUGCAACGAGGAUGUGGUGACACCGUAUGCGGAUUCCGGCCGCAGUUGGUAUGACAUUGCGCGCAAGAACCCGGACUCGUUCCCGCCAAACACGUACCUCGAGUACGUCAACACGGCGGGCUUCCAGCAGUCCAUCGGUUCCACCGUCAACUUCACCAUGACGAGCCAGGCGGUUCUCUCGGCCUUCCAGACGACCGGCGACUACAUGAGAGGGCCCCUGAUGCCGAAAUUGGCCGGCCUCCUCCAGCGCGGCAUCCGCGUCGCCCUCAUCUAUGGCGACCGCGACUACAUUUGCAACUGGCUCGGCGGCGAGGCCGCGUCCACCAACCUCGCCUGGCAAGCCGGCGCCGUCUACGGCCGCGGCUUCAGCGCCGCCGGCUACGCGCCCAUUAUUGUGAACGACUCGUACAUCGGCGGCGUCGUCAGGCAGUUCGGCAACCUGUCCUUCAGCCGCAUUUACCAGGCCGGCCACUCGGUGCCCGCCUACCAGCCGGAAACCGCGUUCCAGGUCUUUGCGCGCGUCAUCAUGGGCACCUCCGUCUCGACCGGCGACAAGGUGAACUUGACAAGCUUCAACACCACGGGCGACGCCCAUGCGACGCACACGGAUAAGCUGCCGAACUCGCCGGACCCGACGUGCUGGCUGCGGUACAUGCAGGGGUCCUGCAGCGACGACCAGGUCAGCAUGAUUGCGCGCGGCGAGGGGACCAUCAUCAACGGCGUGCUGUACAGCGCCUCGAGCGACUGGCCCCUGGCCACGGAGGCCCCGACGUCGACGCAGUCGGCUGCUUCCUCGUCAUCCACGGUGCUGACGGGGCUGUUCACCGCGACGGCGACGCCCAAGAGCGGCGGCGCCGUCAGUAAGCCAAGGGACUCCUUCGCGGCUUUGGUCGCCCUGAUGGCCGGCGCGGUUUGCGUCGGUAUCGGGAGUUUGUAA